UUUGUGUGAGCUCCGCCGUGUUUACUCUCCCACUUCCUUGUUCCAGUCCAGUGUGAGGGCCAUAAACCGCCCGGCUGCCACGGCUGAGCCCUUGGUAGCAGGGGCAGGAGGAAGAGGAGGGAGGGGGAUGGCGGUCAUCCCCUGGCUCUGUGCUGGGAGGGUACCCCACGUGCCGCCGUGGUGGUUGGGAGCGCAGCCCUUCCUCUAGGGCUGGUGCCACCAUCCACGGUGGGUCUCUCAUGCCCACUGGCCACCCUCAUGCCGGUGUCCAGGGGCACACCAGGAGAGAACAGGACCUAUUUCCCCUUCUUCUCGGACUUCAGGGGCCACAAUGUGACGGCCCUGCGCAUCGGCGAGUCAUCUGCCCUGGCCUUCAUCUUCCUGCUGUCGUUGGCGGGAAACAUCUGGGGCAUCUGCCUGCUGGUGAGGCGGCACCGCCGGCUCUGCGCCGCCAACUGCCUCGUCCUCAACCUCUUCUGCGCCGACCUGCUCUUCAUCACCGCCAUGCCCAUCAUCGCCGUCGUGCGCUGGACCGAGUCCUGGCUGCUGGGCAACGUCGUCUGCCACCUGCUCUUCUAUGUGGUGAGCCUGAGCGGCACCGUCAUCAUCCUCUCCCUGACGGCCGUCAGUCUGGAGCGCGUCGUCAGCAUCGCCCGGCUGCGCCACGCCGCCUUCCGCCGCCGCAAGGUGCUGGCCGCCGCCUUGCUCCUCAUCUGGGGCUUCGCCGCCCUCGCCACCCUCCCGCUCUGCUGCUUCUUCACCGUGGUGCAGCUGCCCGCCCCCGCCGGCCAGGACAUUCAAAUUUGCACCCUGGAUUGGCCCAGCACUGCAGGAGAAACAGUCUGGGAUAUGACCUUUGCCAUUGUUUUCUUUCUGAUACCAGGAUUCAUCAUUGUCAUCAGUUACUCAAAAAUCUUACAGGUAUAUUUUUCCUUUAAAUUUUGUUGUAAAACAAAGGGAAGUAAACAGUAAACUCACUAGUCAUCAGCAUAUUGUCACUGAAUACAAAUACAUGUAAAGGGAACAAACAUCACUUGUUCAUUAUAAUAUGUGAUAUAAAAUGAAGCAUUUCAAUCUGCACAUAACAGCCUAUACAUUUCAAUUAAGAACAUGCUUCAACAGCACAUUACCACAGACUCAACACAUGGUUUGUCUUCUUAUAGAUAGUAUUAAAUACACUUCUUCAUUUAUGUACUGUUCAUAUUUAAAGACUGUCAGUCUCCUAAAUGCUGAAAGAGUCAAGCAUUUGAAAUAACUAAAACUAGGUUUUGCUUUUCUUGAACCUAAACUCUAGUCAUAAGGGAUUUGUAAGAAAGCAAAAAAAGGCAGGAUUAGAAAAAAAAAUAAAAAUCUACUUUUUGAUCUGU